UUCAGAGGAAAAAAAUUAAACAUGAAAAUUAAAAUCAAGUUACAAUCUUGUAAUGAUAUCAGACGUAUCCGCAAAUAAGAUGUCUGAAAAGGAGAGUACUUCAGAAGAGCUAGAGGAUGUCACUAGUCAAUUUAGACAAGAAUCUAGAUCACAGUCAACUGAAGAGCCUGGAUUUAUUAAUGAAACAUCAAUUUCAUUAAAUCAAACUUCUGAUAACCUGGAAGAGAAACCUUCUAACCAGAUUUUUGAAACACUUCCUAGGAAGUAUACAUUAGAUUCCACAACUUCCUCUGAAAAUAGGUCUAAGAGAAAUGAAGAACUAAAGAAAAAGCUUCAAUUUUCUGAAAUGAGUACUAGAGAUGGCAGCUCAGAGUCAGAAACAGAAAUUUUACAAAGUCCAUCAUUCUCAAUAACUGAGAUGACUGAAGAAUAUCAGGCUUUCUUUAACCACCUACCUCUUGACACGUUACAGAAAAGUAGUACAAACGUCCCUGAAGAAAAUCAGAAAGAAUCUGACUUAGGGUCAGAUAACUUUACAAUUAACCUUGAGGCCAAAGGUUUACAAGAAUUCCCUUAUGACAUUUUAAAAGUCAAACAUGUGAAGUAUUUAUAUUUAGACAAGAACCAAAUAAAAACUUUUCAGGCAGACUCAAGUGAUCUGUUAGGACUUGAAAUUCUAUCCUUGAAAGAAAAUAAGAUAUUAUCACUUCCAUCUGAAGUUCAUUUACUUCCUAAUUUAAGGAUAUUAAAUGUCAGUCACAACCAAAUAUCACAUAUCCCUAAAGAAAUAUCACAGCUUGAAAAUAUCAGGCAACUCUUUUUUAAUAACAAUUAUAUUGAGAGUUUUCCUCCUGGCUUAGAAAAUCUUGGAAACUUGGAAAUUUUAAAUUUGGCUAAAAAUAAGUUAAGACACAUACCAGAAACUGUAUAUAAUUUGAAAAACUUGAGGAUUCUCAAUUUGGAAUAUAAUCAGUUAACAAUAUUUCCUAAAGCUCUAUGCUUCCUUCCAAAAUUAAUUUCGCUAAACCUUAAUGGAAACCUGAUAGGCAGUUUGCCAAAAGAAAUUAAGGAGCUUAAAAAUUUAGAAAGCCUUUCACUUGAUCACAACAAACUUACCUUUUUGGCCGUGGAAAUAUUUCAGUUGCUCAAAAUGAAAGAACUCCAACUGGCUGACAAUAAAUUAGAAGUUAUUUCAGACAAAAUUGGGAAUUUCAAGGAACUGAGAAUUCUUAUACUGAAUAAAAAUUUAUUGAAAGACAUACCAGAGAAAAUUUCCCACUGUAUGAUGUUGGAAUGCCUAAGUCUUAAUGAUAAUGAAUUAAUAGAACUUCCUAAGAAUAUUCACAAGCUUAAAAAUUUAAGGAAACUCCAUGUAAACAGAAAUAGUAUAUUGAAAAUAACUGAAGACAUCUCACAUCUUAAUAAUAUAUACAGUCUUGAAUUUUCAGGAAAUGUAAUCACAGAUGUUCCCAUUGAAAUAAAAAACUGCAGAAAAAUGACUAAAGUUAAUUUGAGCUAUAACAAAAUAAUGUAUUUUCCAGUGGGACUGUGUGCUUUGGAUUCGCUUUAUUAUUUGAGGUGUAAUGGCAAUUAUAUUUCAAAAAUACCUGUGGACAUAUCUUUCAAUAAACAACUGCUUCAUUUAGAGUUUAAUGAAAACAAACUCCUCAUAUUUUCUGAGCACCUAUGUUCCCUUACUAAUCUUGAGUACCUGGAUAUUGGUAAAAAUCAAAUAAAUAAAAUUCCACCAUUUAUUUCCAAUAUGGUAUCACUCCAUGUACUUAUUUUAUGCCACAAUAAAUUUGAAACGUUCCCUACAGAAUUGUGUGCUCUAGAAAAUUUGCAAGUACUUGAUCUUUCAGAAAAUCAAAUACAGACGAUCCCUUCAGAUAUCUGUAACUUAAAAGGAAUCCAGAAAUUAAACUUUUCAAGCAAUCAAUUUGUAUGUUUUCCUAUUGAAUUGUGUCAUCUUCAGUCACUGGAAGAGCUGAAUAUAAGUCAGAUAAAUGGGAGAAAGUUAACAACACUUCCAGAAGAACUGUCUAAUAUGAUUCAACUUAAAGGACUUGAUAUCUCAAAUAAUGCAAUCAGAGAGAUUCCAAGGAAUAUAGGGGAAUUGAGAAGUUUGGUUAGUUUGAACGCAUGCAACAAUCAAAUAAGUUAUCUGCCACCAUCUUUUCUAUUUUUAAAUGAUCUCCAGCAACUAAACCUGAGUGGAAAUAAUCUGACAGCUCUCCCUAGUGGUAUCUAUAAUCUUUUUUCACUGAAGGAGAUAAAUUUUGAUGACAACCCUUUGCGGAGACCUCCAAUGGAAAUCUGUAAAGGAAAACAGCUGUAUACCAUAGCACGCUAUCUACAGAGGUCAGAUGAAAGAGAUGAGAAAAUCUUAGAGAAGAUCUUCGUAAUAAUUGCCAACCACAUCACUGAAACACAUUUUGAAUUUUUGUGUCAAAAACUCAAUCUGGCAAACUUAGAAACUAAUACCCAGAGCAAUUUUACAUUAAGUGAAAGAGUCCACCAAGCUCUUGAGUUAUGGAAAACAGAAAGUAAUAAUUUGUCACUAUCUGCAACUGCUUUAAGAGACCAGCUGAUCCGGACACUAACUAUGAUAGGAGCUUAUGAAAUUAUAGACAAAAUCACAGCCUUACAACUUUUUACACGUGCAAUUAAAUUCUAAACAGUAGAUGCAUAAUAAAAACAGAACUUAUGAUGUACUUAUAUACUUGGAACUAGAUUUUUUAAAUUAUCUCACUUUAUCAUACAACACUCUCUUUAUGGAUUCCUAAGAGAUUACGACAAUUGAUGGUUACCACUCUAA